GCUCAGAUAGAUAGAUAGAUAGAUAGAUAGAUAGAUAGAGAAACUACUGUAUUACAGCAGCAUGAUAAAGAUAAGAAAAUAAUAAAAACAGUACAGUCUACAAUAAAAAGAAAACUGCCCAAUGUAAAAGUACUGCUGGCCCACAGUGAAGGUGCUUUAAUGGGAUGUAAUACAAACAGUUUUUACAUAAACAGCAAUACUAAAAAUAAUGAAAAUAAAAAGUAAGACCGAAAUUGUGCAAAAGAGUAGUGCAAAUGAUAUUAAUGAAUAAUAUGUACAUCUACGUCUAAGAAACAGCCGCAAGAAGGUUUAACACAGACAUCUGUGUGGAAUUCUAUGUCCUGGUGUUCAUCUGGAGAGAGCUGCUGUGCCGUUUUAUUGAGAAUGAUCGGAAUGAUUUCCUGCAGCGUUCUUCAUGGCUGCAGGGUUAAAUAAGACUUAGGGAAAGGAGCUCUGCUGCUUCUGUAGUGUAGCAUGGAGGAAAUGAGAUGGAUUGUUUGUGAUGGAGAGCAGUUUGUUCAGUGACCUCCUGUCCCUCACUGGCUCAAAUGCCUCCAGAUUCUUGCCAAUGAUGGUUCCAGCCUUGUGGAUUAGUUUGUUCAUCCUGCUGGCAUCUCUGGCACUGAUGCUGCCUGCCCAGCAGACAACAGCAAAAUAGAUGGCACUCGCUCCCACAGACUGGUAGGAGAUCUCCAACAUCUUUCUGCACACAUUAAAGCAUCUGAGCUUCCUCGGAAAGUAGAGUCUUCUCAUCCCCUCCCUGUACACGGCAUCACUGCUGGUCUUCCAGUCCAGACCAACAGCACCUGGCUUAGUCUCUUUUUGUCUUGUUGACAUUCAGAAGGAGGUGAUUUCUGUCAGUCUACGCCACAAAGCUCCUCAGACUAAAACUAAACAGAUGAGUUUUAUUUUGAAAUGGCCGACAGGAAACGUGUCUUUAUCGUCUCACCUAGCGUUACUGCGUUCCAAGGUAACUUCCUCCUCCUCCAAUCCUGGCUUUUUGCCUUCGAAAACGCCGCCGCCGGGGUGCGAGUUGUGAAGCCCAGACAGCGUAACAAAAAUGCGUCUUCGAUUUUACUCUCUCCCAAAAAUGAGUACGGAACUUUGGAAAACAAAUCGGGUAUUGUCGGUGAAUUCUCGGGAGAUGGCAGAAUAGUUCGACCUGAGCCGGUUACCUAGCCCUCACAGCACUUUGAAGAAAAAAAUACCCCGCGAGGUCUACAAUGACGAGUGUGGACAUGUUUCUGUUAGUUGUGAUCACACUGGUCCUCCCCUGUUCAAGCUUAGAAGGUGAGGACGGUGUGAGAAAUGAAUGUUUAUGUGACGGAUCAUCCUGCAGCAGUGGGGACCGAUGCUUUGGCCAGGAGUGCUUCAGCUCUCUCGCGGUGAUAAACGGGACAUCGGUCGUUCGUAAAGGCUGCAUUUUGGGGGACGAAGACCGAUCCUUGAGCUGCAGAUCCACACCAACUCCUCAGCUGGUGGUGAAGUGCUGCUAUGGGCAUUUGUGUAAUACGAACAUCUCCCUUAACUUCCCACUAAAAGAUGUACAACUGUCUGCUGGCAGACCAGUCCUCAGAGACCAAGAGUGUGUAUGCGAGGGCGGUGUGUGUGAGCAUGGCCAUCGCUGCACAGGCCAGCACUGUUUCUCCGCUCUGAAGAUGAUUGAUGGGGCAGCCGUCCAACAGAAGGGCUGCUUGAGGGACGACGAGGAGGGCAAAGCCACCUGUGCCAUGCCACCCUCAUCCGCCCAUGUUGUCAAGUGCUGCCAGGGCCAUCUGUGUAACAUGAACGUCACUGUGCAAGCCCCAGGGAAAGGUACAGUAGUCCAGAGUAAGUCCCUGAGCAAAGAGGAGCAUGAGUGCGUGUGCGAGGGUGGUUCAUGUGGAACACAGAAUCGCUGCUUGGGCUACCAGUGUUUCUCAUCUCUGACAGUCAGUGGCGGCAUCAUAAUGUCCCAAAAAGGCUGCUUUAAGGUCUUAGAACAGAGCACGAUGACCUGCAAGACUCCGCCUUCCACAGACCAGAUAGUCGACUGCUGCCAGGGACACCUGUGUAAUAUGAACAUAACUGUGGAGCUCCCUGUCAAAGCUGAUGAGCAAUCCAGCUACAGUGUGACCACACUAGCUGUUGUCAUCGUGGCACCCAUCAUUGUCCUCAUCAUCCUCUCUGCUGUCGCUAUCCUGGUGUUCAGACGGAUCCACCACAACCAAAUGGAGAGGCUAACCUCCCGAGAUGCUGAAUAUGGAACUAUUGAUGGCCUUAUAGCUUCUAAUGUGGGGGAGAGCACUCUAGCGGAUUUGCUAGAUCAUUCCUGCACUUCAGGAAGUGGCUCAGGACUCCCUUUCCUUGUUCAGAGAACUGUUGCACGACAAAUCACACUAAAUGAGUGUGUGGGCAAGGGCCGUUAUGGUGAAGUGUGGAGGGGCCAGUGGCAGGGAGAGAAUGUCGCAGUUAAAAUUUUCUCCUCUCGAGAUGAAAAGUCUUGGUUCAGAGAGACUGAAAUCUACAACACUGUGCUGCUGAGACAUGAAAACAUCUUGGGCUUCAUCGGUUCAGACAUGACCUCGAGGAACUCCAGCACCCAGCUGUGGCUCAUCACUCACUUUCACGAGAUGGGCUCCUUGUACGAUUACCUUCAGCUCAACACCCUCGACGCAACCAGCUGCCUCCGGAUGGCGCUCUCCAUUGCGAGCGGUCUGGCGCAUUUACAUGUCGAGAUCUUUGGCACUCAUGGCAAGCCAGCUAUUGCCCACCGAGACCUGAAGAGCAAAAACAUAUUGGUGAAAAAGAACGGACAGUGCAGCAUUGCUGAUCUCGGUCUGGCUGUCAUGCAUUUUCAAGACACAAACGAGUUAGACGUGGGGAACAACCCUAAAGUUGGAACAAAGCGCUACAUGGCCCCUGAAGUGCUCGAUGACUCCAUCCAGAUGGAUUGCUUUGAGUCCUACAAGAGAGUGGACAUUUGGGCCCUGGGCCUCGUCCUGUGGGAGAUCGCCAGGAGGACAGUCAGUAAUGGAAUUGUAGAAGAUUACAAGCCCCCUUUUCAUGACGUGGUCCCAAAUGAUCCGAGUUUUGAAGAUAUGAGGAAGGUUGUGUGUGUGGAUCAGCAGAGACCCAACAUCCCAAACAGAUGGUUUUCAGACCCAACUUUAACCUCCAUGGCUAAACUCAUGAAGGAAUGCUGGUACCAGAAUCCGUCAGCCAGAUUAACGGCGCUGCGCAUCAAAAAGACUCUCACAAAGAUCGACAACUCUCUGGAUAAAAUAAAAACAGACAUUUGAGCCUUCCCCGAGAAGAUGAAGCAGGCAUGUACCGAGGGCCAUUGAAGAUGUCCGGAGGAUGGACCACCUUAGAGAAAAAUCUCAAAAGAUAAAGGACUCAAUAAUUUCAGUGCCCUUAUAGUGGCACAGACUUAUAUUUAUUUUAAAACAUUUGAGGGACAUAUUUUGGCAUCCAAAGAUGGCUUACCAGGCAUUUCCGAGACUGCCGAUGGUCUUAGAAAUGGGAAAAUAUCUAUUUCAACUUUUAUCAUAGGAGCUUGACUAUUAGAAAUGUUCUUCAAGGAAGAAACUUACCAGGGCAUUUGAGUAGGGUUGCUUGUUUUUAGAAGAGCAGAUUUUGUUUGAAAACAUGUUUUAGCUUGGAAAAUGUCUGAACACGGUCAUUUCUUUAUCUCUUUAAUUGUACUGCGUUGUUCUUUUGCAUUACGGUCGAUCCAUUUGGAAAAGAUGUCAACUCACCGGUUGAACUUGCCUAGUCAGUCAGCAAACUUUGUAACACAGUGAACAUGUCGAGGUGUGUUAUGUCUCACUUUGUGUCCUAUACCACUGUUUACAAUGCUGUCAGAACAAGUUUCUUGGGAUUUUGUUCAGUUCUGUAACAUUUAGUUGUACAGUCAAGUCAGUGGCACCAUCCUUUUCCUGAUAUCGUCCAACUACAAGGUACUCUGUUGCAAACCUUUUGUAUAUCAUCAUUAACUUUACAUUGAAUUAUUUUUAUCUUGUUUUGCUUCUUCAGCUUUACAGAGACAUAUGCUAAAAGAACAAAUACAAUAUCUGCUAGAUGAUGCUGAACUGUAUUCCUCCAGAGGCCUGUAAGUAAGCCUGUAAAGCCUGUAUAUUGUCUUAACGCGUGCAUUGUCGUCUUAAUGCGUGCAUUGUCAAAGUAACUGAAGUCAAACUUCAGCGUUUUUUAAUUUCUUUAACAUUUUAUAUCAAUUAGUUAUUUCUAUUAAUUAAAAUGGGAAAAAAAGAAGUAAAUUACAUCUGACUGGUGUCUUGAUACUGUGUUGAUGUGUGUAGAAAUAUCUCAAAAGUCUAAAAGAAAUUCACAACCUUAAGAUCAAUUCAAAUGGUGAUGCCGUCUCUUUUUCUCUGCCACCACCUUCAUCAGGCUCCUGUUCAGUAAAUCUUUCUUCUUUUGAUGUGACCUUUCAGAGUCAUCACAGGAGAUUUAAAGUUUUGCUUGCGAGUAAAAUGUCUUGAAGGUUUAAUAGAUUUUUGGAAGUCUGGCUGCUGUGCUUACAUGUAUUUGAUGCCUCGAAUGAUGAAGCAGUACCUCCGUUUGUUUCCCCCAUAACCUAUCAAAAUUUUGGCAAAGUUUUCUUAAUUUCGAGAAGUAAUCCACAAGACUACAGAGAGGUUUUGUAGCCUCACCUGUAAAGUGUUCACUGAAACUUCUUAUCAUACCUUUGCUUUAUUCCUGAUUGGUAAAUGUUAAUAUGCUAAAAUGCUAAGAUGGAAAAUUAGUUGUAUGGAAUCGAGUGGUUAGCCUCAGCAUGCUUCUGCUGGCUCUACUCUAAAAUGCCCAUUUUCAUUUCACUUUGUUCAAGCUGGGCUUUGAUGUCAAGAUGCUAUUAUGACAGCUGCUAAUCUGUUAAGUCUUAACUAUCCAGCUGUUUUGUCCUUGCACUUUCUGAGUACAGUGUCUGACUGUUCUGAACUUUUCCAGCUUCCACGAAUCUAACAGAAAAUUCAGCUCACAGUGCAUAAUAAGGACCAUUUUCAUCUCAAGAGGAAUAUCAGAGCUUUUUACCUUUUCUAUCUUUUCUGACUGCUGGAGAUGUGCUCUAACAAGGCAAACAGUUCAUUUUUAUUUAUUUGGUAAAGGUCAAAAGCCCAAACUUUGGGGAGAGCAGAUUUUGGCAGUGUCAAACUGGUUGCAAACUAAUUCAUAUGCUAAAAGAGCUAUAGGCCAGAUGAUUGAAUGACAACAGUGGGUGAUUAACCAUUCUAAGAUGCCCUGUGUGUGUUAAAAACAGCUGUCAGACUUUUAAAGUAUGCAAGUCUUCAUAUUCAGUGUCAUUUGAUCUGUCCUGAGACCGCAGAGCAGAGGUUUGACUCCAGCAGUUUUAACAUCCCAUCCUGUUUCUUUGAGGUUUAGGGCUAGACUUUAUUGCACUGUGUUCAUUAUCUGAGAGGGUGUAAUGGUGAUGAAGUAUGUGUUACUUUUUUCCACUAAGUAAAUAUCAAAAUAUUUGAAAGAAUUUAAACGUUAAAAAUAAACAAUAUAGAGUCAAUUUAUACCAGAUUAUAUAAAGGCACUCAUGGAUAAAAAAAAAAAAAGACCCAACUUCAUGAAAAUCCUACAUCAAUCCUACAGUCUUGGAUGUUUUUCUUUUUUCUUUUCUUAGCACCCUCAAUAAACAUUGUGCAUUUGCCUGUCAGUGUAUCUGUACAAAUUCUCAUUUUUCUUAUGUUGGUCCUGUGACUUGAUGUUCUCCUAGUAGUGCCUUGAUGAAGAUUGUGUCAGUCACCACAUUAGUAGUGAUUCAUUUUCUUAACUGCCAAGGACCACGACUGGUGCAGUUGGAGCAGAGACUGUUUGUGCUGCUAGAACCCCCCAAAAAGCCAAGGUUCCUGGAUUCAGAGUUUACUAGUGGCUGCCUCACCACUCCUUGUUUGUAGACAAUGUGCAUAUC